AUGACCUCGCACAAGUCAAGCUUAAUUUUGUGUAUAUUCUGUUCCUUUGUGUUAAAGAAUUGCGCUUCUUCAAGUGACUUAGAGUUCACUACUGAUGUCAGAUAUGAUGAGGCUGUUUCUAAAGCUCAAUACUCUAAAACUGUAGCUACUGAAGAUAAGAACAAAGCUGAGUUAGCAGAUUUUACCUUGGAAUCUGUCACCGUAUUUGCUUUUGCACGACCAGAUUUGAUCAAAUAUCACUUAGAAUCUAUCGAUCAUGAUGUCAAGCAAGUUUUCGUAGUUUUAAAUAAGUUUUCUAUCGAGGUUACGUUUCAAAUGCGUGAAAUUUUGAAACUUUUUGAUUGCAGAUACUCGAACCGUCUGCCACAUACAAGCACACAAACUGAAAAGUUUAGGUGUCUCAAUCCUUUUAUAAAACAAAUAAUUCUGCUUGAAAGCGACAGCAAUAAUGUUGGCUUUGCCGGUUCAUUCAACAUGAUAGCGAAAAAAAUGCUUCAAGGGAAUGUUUCAUAUACAAUAAUCUCGAAUGAUGAUACAAGAUUCCGACCAGGAUCACUAUUGAAUAUUGCAAUAUUAUUUGAGGCGAAGCCCCACGUUUGCCUCUAUCUUUUUUCUCAUUUUUCGUCUUUUGGAAUCAGAGCAUCAACAUUAAAAAGAAUUGGUGUGAUGGAUGAGCAUUUUUGGCCCGCCUAUUCGGAAGAUAUUGACUACUUCUUUCGAUCAAUAUUACAAGGUUGUCAUAUUUUCCUAGCUUCCAGCCAAGAUGAAAAACUUUUUGUUAGUCAUGGAGAAAGUCUUAGUAUUCCAGCUGCCAGUGCGACGUUGAAAUCUAGCAAAGACUAUAGAAAGUUAAUAGAGAAUACCAAGCAUAUCCAAUAUGGGAGAGAUGCAUACUUGUGCAAGAAAUGGGGAGGAUGCGCAAAAAACGGACGUGAUUUUUUGAACUCCAAUAAGGUUUUUAAAGCUUUAUUCCGUCGGAUUCACAAGGAUCACGAAAUACUUCAUUUCGGCGGCGCCAAUUUUUCUUCUUUCGGUGAGAAGCUGUUCAAUUUUCCUUUUAACCGAGCAAAUUUUCACGUUUCAUGGUGGGAUAAUGAUGAAAGAACACAAAUGUCGAUAAGAUCUCCGCGAUUGAUCAAUAUGCAAAAUGCACCAUCAGAGUUUGUGUGGAAGUUACAGGAUCAAAAAGCUUUUUUGGAAACUCUGGAAAUCUAA